AGUGAUGCCUCCAGGUCGUCUUAUCUAUUGUCUGCCUUGAUACCUGGAUCCGCCAUUGCUGUCAACCACACAUGGCGAGGAUGGUCUAGACGCUAUAAAGAACCCACUGGUUUUAGGGAUUCUGGCAUUCCUUUGCUUACACCAGCCAAGGCGAAACCAUGAUGAAUCGAGUUCUCAUUUUCAGCGUGUUGAUGGCCGCUCUCUGCGCCCUGGCCAGCGCCGGCUGCCCCGAGGGGUACACCCAACGCGACUGGCCCAACCAGCACGGGAACUGCUACAAAGUGUGGACGACCCCGGAGUGGUGGUUCUAUGCCGAACACUUCUGUCGAGUGGACGGGGGCUGGCUGGCUACCAUCAGAAACGAGGAGGACAGCAUUUGGAUCAACAAUUUCUUCGUCGACCACAGGGGUCACACAUGUAUCGAUUGGUACUGGGUUGGGGGUGAUGACAUAUUGAGAGAGGGGACGUGGCGAUGGCAAGAUGGCAGCAAGGUCAUUUACACAAACUGGUUCGCCGGCCAACCCGACAACGGUGGAGAAGAAGAAGACGGCAUGAUUGUUUACGUCGGCUCCAGAAAGUGGAACGACAAUAGUACGGGUCGAGCGGCAGCCUGCUUCGUGUGCGAGACAUACCCGACGGAGAGGCAGUGUAGUAUCGUGACUUCAAAUUAAACCUUAUAGAUCUGAACACACACUAAAUCAGAAUUCGGAAAUUCAUAAUGAUUAAUAUAUAAUUUUCAGAACCCUAUACGCGGCUACUUUUAUUGAAAUGAAUUUGUAGGGAUUGUAAUUUCCACAUCUUCCUUUGAAACCAAGUCAUUUUUUAAAAUUUAUUUCUGGUCAGAUCAUUUUGUCUUCUUCCUUAUUGCUUGGCUUAUUAAUAUUGUACGUGCCUCCACAAUAUUGUAUUUUGCUUUCUGUUAUCUGAUUGUUUCAGUGUGGAAAUAAAUGCAAAUAUUGAAUUGAACUGAAUUGAAUUCAAUUAUCAAUUUCACAGUGCGCGCGAAGCGUGUUGGAUUAUCAUAUAUCAUUAUACUCGACUUUUGACAUGACCAGAAAUGGGAGCAAUGUGUACCUGCAAAUCUAUGUAGAUUUUCUUUGUCAUAUAGAAAACAUUGCUGUGUUUGAAUUUACAAAGACUUUCUGGAUGAUUCCAUUUCAGCUGAUGAGAGAGUACCAAUGCAUAAACCAGACAAUUCACUGUACACGACAGAAUUGAUAGAAUUUUU